GCCACUGCCUCCUCAACUCUGCUCAACAUCGGACACGAUGGCGAGUACGGCUUUCAAAACAUUCUCGCUUGCAAACAACGUAGUGGAGGUAUCUCCGCAGGAUGAUAUCUACAAGUUCGAUGUCGAUGCAGACAAGCGCAUCAAUCGUGAACAGCCGUGGACAAAGGAUCCACACUACUUCAAGACAUGUAAGAUAUCUGCAACCGCCUUGAUUAAAAUGGUAAUUCAUGCACGAUCGGGUGUACCAUACGAGAUCAUGGGCUUGAUGCAAGGGAAGGUUAUGGGAACCUCCCUUGUUAUCAUUGAUUCAUUUGCGCUCCCCGUACAAGGCACAGAGACCCGUGUCAAUGCUGCCAAUGAGGCGUAUGAAUACAUGGUGCAGUAUAUUGAGGGAAGCAAACUGGUCAAUCGGCUGGAGAAUGCUGUAGGAUGGUACCACUCACACCCAGGUUAUGGUUGCUGGUUAUCUGGUAUUGAUGUUACCACUCAGUUCACAAAUCAAAAGUUCCAAGAUCCUUUUGUUGCUGUUGUCAUCGAUCCGAACCGUACCAUUUCUGCCGGCAAAGUAGACAUUGGAGCGUUCCGGACAUACCCAGAGAACUAUACUCCUCCCGAUGCAGCCGCAUCGGAAUACCAAUCGAUUCCACUAAGCAAGAUCGAAGAUUUCGGUGUGCACGCCAACCAAUAUUAUCCACUUGAAGUUCAAAUCUUCAAAUCGAGUCUGGAUAAUGAAUUACUUGGUCUAUUAUGGAACAAGUAUUGGAUCAACACUCUAAGCCAAAGCGCUCUGAUAUCCAAUCGGGCAUACGCUGUGUCACAGCUGAAUGAUCUGCAGCAGAAGUUGGCAAAAGCUCAAUCCUCAGUGUCUAGUACCCGCGCGCCCAUACCGCUACCCAAGGACGACAUCAAAUCCAAGAUGCUGGCAAAGGAGGAGAAGAAGAAAGAGGAAGCAAAUCAGCUGGCCAAGAGUGUCAAGGAUGGGGCGAAGAUUGCGACUGAAGCACAACAUGGUCUCAUUGCACAAGUGCUCAAAGACAUUCUUUUCUCUUCGCGACCAGGAGCGCCGACAUCUUCAUCGGUCUCGGUGGAGGAAGUCGUUGAUACCGCCAUGUCUAUCGGUUAGAGUGUUUAGAUCACCAUAUUCUCCUUUGCUUCAGUUUCCUUGCACUUUGUUGUAUCUCUGGUCGUAUUACUCACAUCGCACUUGUAUUGUACUUGUUUCUUCGCAUGUAACGUCCCCUCGCAAACAUCCCCACGAAUGUCCUCUUGUCUUCUGCACGUGGCAGUUUCUCCAUAUGCGCGUCUUUGUCUUUGAGAGGAGCGCGUCUUGGUACGGCGCAACGCUCUUUGUCCUCCUGCGUCCUCGCGACGGCGUUGCUUUUGUACCUCUCUGCCAUAGAAGGGGAUCCUGCUACUGUAAUUGACUAUCCGGCGUGGUCCGCAACACCGAUUUAAUAUUUACAUAACUCCCAACCGCCGGAGUAUAUAAGCCAAGACUUUCUUUUAGUUAUAAGUAUAGGCCCGUCUUGUUACACUUCAUAGCCAUCUAUUGAAGGUCCUAAACGACACC